CUGGGAUUCUGUGUGCUCACAAACUUAUUUGACUUUGCUCUUCUUCAUCUCUCACUCCUAACACUGCUCGUGAAGCCAUGGCAUCGUCGAGAAACCGAUAUUGCGUCCUAGUGACUAUGAUCUUCCUUUUGGGAGCUUGGGCUUGCCAAGCCGCGGGGCGGACCCUCCAGCAAGACGAUCCCGUGUACGAGAUGCAUGAGCAAUGGAUGGCCCGUUACGGGCGUGUGUACAAGGACAUGGGAGAGAGGCAAAGCCGUUUCGAGAUAUUCAAGUCGAACGUGCAAUGGAUCGAGUCAUUCAAUAGGGAAAGUAGCAAGCCUUACAAGCUCGGUGUCAAUCAGUUUGCCGACCUCACGAAUGAAGAGCUCAAGGUGAGGAACCGAUUCAAGUCGCACAUGUGCUCCACCGAGGCCGCUUCUUUCAAGUACGAAAACGUCACCACGGUGCCUCCUAGCAUGGAUUGGAGAAAGAAAGGAGCCGUGACGCCUGUAAAGAACCAAGGCCAAUGUGGAUGUUGUUGGGCUUUUUCAGCCGUGGCAGCAGUGGAAGGAAUCCAUGAAAUAACCACAGGUAAGUUGAUUUCUCUUUCCGAGCAAGAGUUGGUCGACUGCGACGUCGGUGGCCAGGACCAAGGAUGCGAAGGCGGCUGGAUGAAUAGCGCGUUCCAAUUCGUGGAGAAGCACGGCCUCACUACGGAGGCGAACUACCCCUACACGGGCAAGGACAGCAAGUGCGAUGCCAAAGGGGAAUCGAACCGUACCGUGAUCAUAAAGGGACACGAGGACGUUCCUGCCAACAGCGAGGAGGCGUUGCUGAAAGCCGUCGCCAACCAGCCGGUCUCCGUGGCCAUCGAAGCCUCAGGAUCCGAGUUCCAGUUCUACUCCGGCGGCGUGUUCAACGGAUUCUGCGGGCUCGUAUUGGACCACGGUGUCACCGUCGUCGGAUACGGGACCAGCGACGACGGUACCAAGUAUUGGCUGGUGAAGAACUCGUGGGGCAAGGAGUGGGGCGAGGAAGGGUACAUAAGGAUACAGAGAGAUGUUGGCGGCAAGGAAGGCCUCUGCGGCAUAGCAAUGAUGCCAUCUUAUCCUACUGCAUGAGUCUGAAUUCACUAAUAUUAGAGAUGAACUCAUGUGAUGUAAAGACACGAGAUUUCCCACUUUCUAUGUUUAUUGGGUACUGCUGUGCCUCGCUGCUUGUAAAUUUCGCCUGCAUGGUGAUUAUAUAGAGCAAUACUAUGAAAUUUC